AAACCCAGAUAAAUAGUAUUUAACGCAAAGGAAAAACAAAAGUUAUAUACAUAAACAUUAGAACUUAGAAACAAAAAGUUAUGAUGAUUUUUCCAUUGCGAAAAGCAGUUCCAGUAGCUAUUGCUGGAUAUUGCCAAAAUAAUAAGCUCAGGAGCAAAAGGAGUCGUGCACUGUAGUUCUAUUGAAGCUUCUGAGUGACAAUGGUUUUCUGUUCUAUGAUCCUUUCUGUGGUCCUGAAUGUUUCCCUCUUUUUUCCUGUCUUUUUUCCACAUGAAAAGGUGAAUAGACUCCACUCUAUGCAAGUGAUUUUUGAAAAGCUUUUAGUCAAUUCUGCAUUCUUAGCAUAAUGAGACUAAUUACUUUGAAGGUUCUUGGAGAUAUCCUGGUAUCUUUCUCCUGGAAAAUUAUCAUAUUUUAAUGCAGAAAAAAUAUAGAAAUGGUGCCAUAAGUAUUUCUCAGAAUUAGGUGAACUGAUAUUGGAAUUAUGUGUGGAAAUUCUUACGUUUUGACUCUAUAUGAUGGAGAAAUAUGCUAAAUAAUUUUUGAAUCCAUUGAUCAAGGACUUCUGAAUGAUGUUCACUAAUGUUUCCUUAUUGUUUGACAUAUGACCUGACAGAGGUAAUGCUCCCAAGCAUUCUCAAAGAGGACACGGGAUACUUAUUCUUUCUAUUAAAUUUGGUGUAUCCUGUGCUUCACUUUAGCUUGAAUUCCUAUAAAUGGAACAUAUCAUAAUUGCUGGCCUAAUAAGAGUAGGAAUAAGAACAAGAAUGAGCUCCAUUGCACCUGUGAAGAUAAGGGGCUAAGUAUUCUCAUAGAAGUUUGGUGGGCUGUGUAAGAGCAUGCUAAUCCAAUGGUGCUUUUCAUUGAAAAAAGAAUGAAGCAUUUUUUUUUCGUUUUUGUUUUACAACAUGAGGAAGAGAUUUUAUUCCUUGGACGGCAUGUUUAUGCUGCUGCAUUGCAGUCGCAGAAUUGAUUAAGAUGCAACUGGCCACAACAAGUACCCUUGCUGAUAAAAGAACCAAUGGCGACAGGAACUUUAUUUUUCAUUAAAUUAACUUGUUGGAAUUGUUUUUCUUUUGCUUUGCUAUUUUUAAAGAGAUUAUAGGACUUAAAGAAUAUAACAAGUGGUAUGAGGCAGGAAUCUUGGUAGUUUUCCAAGCAUUAUGCAAGUCAAGAUGAUAACACCAUUGAACAAAGGAGUAAGAAACACAUUAGGUAAAUGUGGAACACAGACCAAUCACAAUUCUCUAAUUUACAAAUAUGGAUAACAUGGAUACUUUAAUCCAAGAGUAAUUAUCAGCAAAUGAGAUGUAGACAUGUCAUGUGAAUGACUAGUUAUAUGUGUUUUCUAAUGGGGACUAUUGCAGAAAAACUUGCAUUUGUCACCUUUUAGACAUUUCAAAUAAAUCCAGGUUGAGGUUGACAUGCUUUGUCAUGAAGCUUUUUUUGAUUGUUGAUUGACUGUUGUAAGCAUCUAUAUAUAUCUGUUAAUGUGGAUUGCUUAGCUACUUACUACUCAUCUCAUAUCCAAGCGAACAUUUAAAGAAGUCUGUCAUUGUGUUAACUUCAAACUCAAAAUGUAUUAUUUUUGGACAUGCAACUCUAUGCCUUGUAAUUACUAUUUGUGGCCUAUGAUUCCUCAGGCCAGAUUAAACAUCCAGAAGGAAGGAGUUGUUUUUCAUACAAAGGUACCUCGAAAUGUCAACAUGGAGAAGUUACGCAAUGGCUAUUUGUUUCCUGAGAUUUCAAUUCGUCAGAUUGGACACCUUGAGAAAUUCCCAGAUGCAAAGUUGCUAAGCCUUGGAAUUGGUGACACCACACAGCCGCUACCAGAUAUCAUAUCAUUGAGCAUGGAAGAAUAUGCACGUGCACUUUCGACAUUAGAAGGUUAUAGAGGAUAUGGAGCUGAACAAGGAAACAAGGCAUUGAGGAAAGCAGUUGCAGAAACAUUUUACAAAGAUGUGCAGGUUAAAGACACAGAAGUUUUUGUAUCGGAUGGCUCACAAUGUGAUAUUGCUCGCCUUCAGCUGCUUCUGGGUUCCGACGUGACAAUAGCUGUGCAGGAUCCAUCAUUUCCGGCUUAUAUAGAUACAAGUGUCAUAAUUGGUCAAGCUGGUAAUUUUGAAGACAGAAGUGGGAGGUAUGGGGACAUUGAGUACAUGAAAUGCGAGCCGCAGAAUAACUUCUUUCCUGACUUGGCUAAAACAUCAAGAACAGAUAUAAUCUUCUUUUGCUCUCCAAAUAAUCCCACCGGUCAUGCGGCAACACGGCGGCAAUUAGAGGAACUUGUGAGAUUUGCAAAGGAGAAUGGAUCGAUCAUAAUAUUUGAUUCUGCGUAUGCUCUGUAUAUUACAAAUGAUUCUCCUCGGUCAAUCUUUGAGAUUCCUGGAGCUAGAGAGGUUGCAAUUGAAGUUUCAUCUUUCUCCAAGUUUGCUGGCUUCACUGGUGUUCGCCUUGGGUGGACAGUUAUUCCUGAAGAGCUCCACUUUUCAAAUGGUUUUCCUGUAAUAAACGACUUCAAUCGCAUUGUGUGCACUUGCUUCAAUGGAGCAUCAAACAUAGCUCAGGCUGGUGGAUUAGCAUGCCUUUCUGCAGAGGGUUUUAUGGCUGUUCGUUCCAAGGUUGACUACUACAAGGAGAAUGCUAAAUUACUAAUUGAAGCUCUUGCUUCUCUCGGUCUGAAGGCGUAUGGAGGCGAAAAUGCCCCGUAUGUCUGGGUACACUUUCCUGGUUCAAAAUCUUGGGAAGUAUUUGAUGAGAUUCUUGAGAAGGCACACAUAAUAACUGUACCAGGUUCUGGAUUUGGUCCUGGUGGUGAAGAGUUUAUAAGAAUUAGUGCAUUUGGACACAAGGAAACUAUCUUGGAAGCUUCAAAGAGGCUCAAACACCUUUUCUCUUAGACAAAAAAACAGCACUACUAUUUCUGCUACAAGUCCCUAAACUAAAUAAAUUGAACUACUGGCCAUAUGGCCUGACCACAUGUUAACUUCAUACAUGUGGACUUACUAAAUAAAAACUGAAACGCAGUGAACUCAGAGUGCCUUUUAUUUUGGAAACUAUAUGCAUAUCAUGCAGGAUGUUUAUUCCAGUUCAAGAAUUGGAAGAUUGAAAUUUUGUUUAUUAGAAUCUGUUUUCUGAUCAA